AUGGUACGCGCACAACUCGACCACAACCUUGAACAAGGUGACUGGAACCUGCCAGACACUGGGCGCCCGGUGGUGCGGUCGCGGCAGGGUGUGAUUUCGUCCGGACAUUACCUGACUUCAAUGGCGGGGAUGCGCAUUCUACUGGCCGGCGGCAACGCCUUCGAUGCCCUGGUGGCUGCCGGUUUCGCCGCCGCCGUGGUGGAACCUAUCGCUUCGUACUCGCUGGCCGCCGAGGGUGUUUUCAUGCUGUAUGACUCGGCCAGCGGCGACCUGCUUUCCCUGAGCGGUCAGGGAGGGGCGCCUGCUGCAGCUUCGGCCGACUUCUACCUUUCGCGAGGGCUGGAACGCAUUCCCACCGGCCCGGGAAUGCAGGCCCCCUUGUCCUUCACGCUCCCCGGCAUCGUACAUGCGUUCAUCUCGAUGCUGGAAAAAUACGGCACCAUGGAACUGCAGGAUGUGAUUGCGCCAGCCAUUAGCUAUGCAGAGGACGGCAUCCCUCAUUACGAGUACAUGUUGCGGCGGUUGGAAGCACAGUCCGGACAGGAACAGUUUGAUAAUUUCGCACCGGGCGGGUGGGAUGUGUUUUAUGACAACCGGCAAGUGCCUUCCGCCGGUGCGCCCCUGGUGCAGCCGGGACUGGCCAACACCCUGAAGACCAUCAGCGCCGCUUCCGUGGACGCCGGGAAAACCCGCAGCCAGCGUAUGCAGGCGGCACGAGACGCUUUCUACAAAGGGCCAAUCGCCAGAUUGAUUGUAGAUUCAUCGGAGCGUGUCGGCGGAAUCAUCUCGAUGAAUGACCUGGCCAGCUACAGCAGCCAGUUUGAGACUCCGGUGAAGACCAGUUUCAACGGCUGCGAGGUCUGGGGACAGGAUUCAUGGACUCAGGGCCCAAUGCUGAUGCAGACGCUGAAUAUGCUGGAGCAUUUCGAUCUCAAAUCCAUGGGGCACAACAGCCCGGCCUACAUCCACACCGUCACCGAGGCGCUCAAGUUGUCAUUUGGCGACCGGGAAGCCUUCUACGCCGACCCGGAUUACGCCACUGUCCCUCUGGAUGGCUUGCUGUCCAAGGAAUAUGCUGCCGAGCGCGUGCAGAUGAUUGACCCGGAGGGCGCGUACCCGGCACAGCCCCCGGCCGGAGACCCAUGGCGAUUCUCCAGGACUAACGGAACCACGCCCUCGCCCGUCAUGGCUGCCCCCACCGGCGUCGGCACCGAUGCGUCCUCCGACGAUGGAACAACUCACGUGUCAGUGCUCGACCAGCACGGUAACCUGGCGUGCGGCACCAUCAGCGGCGGUUCUUUCUCCAAGUCGGUGUUCUUCCCGGAGUUGGGCUGCGCCCUGAGCACCCGCAUUGAAAUGUUCAACUGUGAGCCCGGGCACCCUAAUGUGGUGGAGCCGGGCAAACGCCCCAGAACUACUUUGGUGAAUUACAUCAUCACGCGAGACGGUCAGCCGGUGAUGACCGUCGGGUGCCCCGGUGGGGACAAUCAGGUGCAGGCCAACGUGCAGCUGAUGCUGAACACCCUGGUUUUUGGCAUGGAUCCGCAGCAAGCGGUGGAGGCUCCCCGGUUCGCCACCCAAAGCAACGUCAACUCUUUCUAUCCCCACGUGUAUCACCCCGGGCAACUUGACCUCGAACCCGGCAUACCAGAGUCCACUGCCGACGCAUUGCGAGCCUUGGGACACCAGAUUGCCCGCACCGCCAAUUGUGGGCUGGGAGCAACAGUCUCAGUCAGAGACGCCAACAACGGAUCGUUGAGCACCGGAGCCGACCCACGCCGCGCCUGCUACGCCCUGGCACAAUAA